AUGGCUUCAGGUGAACAUGAAGAUGAUGUUCAGUUCGUACACGAACGCUUCGGCGUGUCUCCUGAAGACCUGAAGCCUCUAGCUAAAGUACCCAGUUUUUCAGUGCUAGUUGUCGCGUUGCGAUCAAAGGUAAGCGACAUGAAUUCGCUAAAGGAACAGAUGGUUUUGCAGGAGGUGAAUUCUGAACACAAACAGAACGUGUCAAAUAGAAGAGUACUAUACCUUGAAGAACAGCUCAAUUCGCGAAAUGAAAUAGCAAAACAAUUCCAGGAGAAAGUCGGGGAGCUUCAAAAGGACAUUGACGCUUCGAAUAAAGCUAAUCAGGAAAUCCAGUCUCAGCUUAACUUUUGCUCGCAAGGCAAGGAUUCAUUAGUUGUGGAGAAACAGCAAUUGGAUUUUCGAAUUCUAAAUAUGGAAAAGAAAUUAAGUGACUCUGAGGGUAUCAUUAGGUCUCUUCAAGAAGAGAGACAAAACAAUGUAGCUUUAAUCAAAAAUUUGCAGCAGCAAAUGCAAGAGAUGGAAGAGACACAUCGAAACCUAACAUUAACUCAAAGUAGCAGUACUCUUAGAGAAGAACUUUACUUACAAGAAAAGAAUGCUCUUAUUUCAGAUAUGAAAAGGUUGCAGGACGAGAAUAAGAAGAUGACCGAAGAACUAGCAUCUUCUGAACAAAGCCAGAACAUGCUGCAGGAGCAAGUUACUGCACUAAAAACAAGUAACUUCGAGAUGAAACAAAAAUAUAUGAGCUUUGUUAAUGAAAGUCAGACCAACCUAAUGGAUGAAGGGUCAAAGACUUCUACCACGACAAUGGAAAUUGAUGACAAAAGUGAAAUUCUUGAGGAUCUACAGAAAGAGCUUGAAGCUCAGCAGAAUUUAACGGCAUUAUGGGAGUCUCAAUGCUCAGAAUUACAAACCCAACUAGACAAAGCCCUCAACAACCAGAGUGUUACUAAAGGAUUGGUUUCAUCUGCCACAAUCGAAGAACAAUUGAAUAUGAACAAAGGUCAGUUAAGAGUCGCCAACGAGACAAUCAGCAAGUUACAAUCUGAAGUUGACAGGCUUGCAAGCGAAUUACAGGUUACAAAAGAGAGAAGAGAGGUGUCGCCUACAGGUGUUGGUCUCUUUUCAACUGUAGCUCAGAAGUUGAGCGCGUCACAACACCCUGAAAUAUCCUUCACUAAAGUGUAUUCGGAUAAUAUGCGGCUGCAGCAAGAUGUUCUGAAUUUACAACAACGGCUUGAUCGUGCUAAUGAUAAGUUCUGCUGGUUUUUUUAUCAAGUCAAGCAACGUAUACCGGUGGUUCAACAACAAAGGGAAGAGAUCGCGAGAAAUAAUGUAUAUAUGGUUGACAUGAGUGAAAAGUUAUCCAAAUCAAAGGAAGUUUUAAAUGACAUAAAACAAAAAUAUGAUGUCUCCAAAAUGCAACAAGAACAAACUCACUUAAGAUUUGUGGCUGCUCAAGUUCAAUGUCGUGAUUUAACACGCGAGAUUCAAUGCCUCCUUCUAGAGUUGGAUCAUUUGCAACGUACGGGAAAUAGGAGCUUACCUCAGAAUGUACAAGAGGCUUUGGAUAUUUAUUCCAAGCAACCUUCUAAAGAUGAAAGCGUCCUUUCAGCUGAGAUUCCUACCUUUACUUCCGUCAUGGAUGCUUUAGCACAAGUCUUACAAUUACGAGAAAAAAUAAGAAGCCUUGAAUGUGAUUUGCAGAUCCAGAAGAAAGCUUCUGAAUAUAAUCUUUCAAAUGCAACAGACGAAUUGAAUGAAAAACAUGAAAAAAUGACACAAGAUUUACAAAAUGAGCUAAAGUUGGCCAAUACGAAGAUGGACAAUUUUAUCCAUGAACGAAGUGUCCUUAAAGAAAUGUUGAACAUGUAUAGAGAGAAGACAAUCCAGAAAGUAUCCGAAAAGCCUUCUGAUCCAAAUCAUUCUUCGCAAACUGCCGUUGAUGAUAUUGAAAAACAAUUUGAAAUGUACCGCAAUGAGAUGGUUGCGACUAAUGAAUCACUUUCAAAAAGGAUUAAUGAUCUGAUUAAUCAGGUUGAAGAAAUGAGAAAGGAACUUAAUAAAGUAAGAUACCGUGAACAGUUAGGCCUCCAACGGCUGAAUGUUUCUAGAGAAAACGUCGAAUCUCUUGGAAAAGAAAUGAAGGAGUUGAGGUCACUUAAUAAUUAUCUUCAAGAGGUCCUCAACCGUCAAGAUCUAAAUGCUAGUAAAAUAUCCGAAGAACACGUCCAGCUAAAAUCCCUGUGUUCGAGAAUGAAUAGCGAAAUUGCAAAUUUAACAGGUGAAAAAGAAGUUUUUAGUAAAAUUAAAGAACGGUUGGCUUCAGAAAAUGGUCAUUCGUUAGCUGAACGGGAACGUUUGAUGACUUUGGUGUCCAAUUUACAAUCUCUUCUCAAUGAGCAACAAAGGAUUUUCUCCUCUAAUAAGCUGUCAUUUGAAGCUAAAAAUCAUGAGACGGAGCAAAUUGUAAACUCAUUACAGAAUUCAAAUCAGAAGUUAGAACAGGCUUUGCAAUCAGCAAAUGACUUAGCCAACGCGAAGGAUACAACGAUUGAUUCUCUUCACAAGAGGAUUGAAGAACUUAAUUUUGCCACACAAGAUUAUUUAAAGAUUAAAGGAUCUUUAGAAGUGGAGAACAAGGCAUUACAGUCAGAACUGAAUAUAAAAAGCACCAAAUUAGAAGAACUCCAAACAAAACUAUCUAACCAACGAGCGACGACGGCUUCUGAGCGUGAAGCUGAAUUGGUAUCAUUUGUUAACAAUUUGAGAAUGGAAAAUUCGUCUCUUCAGACUAGUCUCGAUACAUCGAAGGAUCAUAUAAAACACCUUGAAGAAGCGAGUCGCUUAGCUGAAGAAACAUUAGAAAAACUUCAACAGGAAUAUGAAAAAAUGCGGCUUUCAACUUCGAAAGAGCUUGAAGAAACUCGUAGUACUAUCAAUAAGUUGGAAAAGAAAGGAAAAGAUCUUGAAGAAAGAAUCUAUAGCGUACAACAGCAACAUAAUUAUGAUAAUGAGCAAAAGGAUUGCAGAAUUUCCCUACUUCUAAAAGAGAAUGAGCAAUUAACAAAUGACUUUUCAGCUGCUCGUACUUCAGAGAAAGAAUUACUUCAGAAACAGACUUUGCUACAGCAAGAGAAUGUGAAAUUAUCUGAAGAUUGCCGCAAAGCUCGCGAAUCUUAUGAAAAAGAGUUAUUGAGACAUGCUAAUGCUAUGUCAAAUCUUCAAAAGCUUAGGAACGAUUAUGAUUCUCUACUGAAAUGUACUAACCGAGAACCCAAUGAAUCUGAUAACAAUAAUCCAGCAGAGGAGGCUAAAGAUAUGUCAGACUCAAUUUCUGCAACAUCUGAAAUGAUUGCACUAAAAAAGCAAAAUGCUUUACUUCUUGCUCAGUUACAAACCCCAAUAGAUAUUAAUUCAUCUAUUCCAAAUAUUACUUCAGAGAAACUCGAUUCCGUUUUGAAGCUUUCAUUACCCGACCUUCAAGCUUAUAUUAAGCAAAUAUUCAAUGAGGUCAACAUUUCAGCAUAUCAAAGACAGCUAAUUUCGAUUGAAAAUAAGAGGUUAAAAAAGCUGAUUGAACAGUCAAAUCAAAUUAUUAUGGAAUUUCAAUCGGCACAUAAGGAUUCAGCAGCCAUUCAAACUAAAACUAAGCCCGAUGGUUCAAUCACUGAUAAUAGUCUUUCUAGAAUGGUGAAGUUAUUAAAUGAUAGCAACAAAUUGCUACGCAAAAAGGAAGAAGAACUUAAUGGCAUGAUCAACAGCUUGCGGGAUAAAAUACAAUCUCUUGAACAUGAACUAGAAACCCAAAAGAAUGGCAGGCGGGAGUUAGAGAAUAAGAUCUCGGGAGAGCAAGAGAUGGUCCGUCGAGUUGAAGAAGAAAACCAGAGAUUACAGCAACACAAUCAACAAAUCCUUCAAUCUUUGAAGGAAAAUAAAAUUGUAGAUACUUCGGCAGAGGAUUUAAAAGGAAAAGAAGAACUGUUGGCUGAGUUACGCCAAAAUAUUGAGUACUUAACAACUGAACUCGCUUCAGCUAAAGAGACAAUUGAAAAAUUGGAAUCUGAAAAAGGAGAGGCUUCAAAUACUAUUGGACAGUUGACUACUAGAAGCAAAAGCGUUGCUUCGGCCUGGAGAACGAAGUAUGAUCAACUUGUUGCCAAAAGUUUGGAAAAGCACAAUCAAGUUCGUCAGCAGCUCUCACAGAAGACUUCAGAGCUUGAAUCGAAGAUCAAAGAGUGUAACACCCUCAGAGAAAAACUUGAUCAAAAGCUUAAAGAGACUGAAGCAUCUGGUGAGAAUGCUGAAAACCGUCAAGACAGCGAAAAAGUCAACGAUGAAUUUCAGAACGCUGAAUAUUUAUCAACCCAACAAAAACUUACGGAAGCAACAAGUGAUUUGGAUGCUGCCAAGAAGGAAAUUGAUUUACUGAAAGAAAGGAUUAAUGAACUCAGUAAAGAAAAAUCGUCUGAAUCUAUUAGUUCCGGUACGACAAGUGGUGAAGAAUUGGAAAAGAAAAACCAGGCUUUAAAGCAGGCAGUUUUAAAAUUACGGUCUCGAGUUACUCAAGAAGUACAAAAGAGUGAUGCUGUAAGUAAGCAAUGUCAAGAACUUGAAACGCAAAUAGGGAAGUUGCGUGCGUCUUUAGACUCGCAGGAGAACAUGCUUUCCAGUACUUUUCAGAUUGUGUUUGAAGAGCCCCUUGAGAAAAUAGUAACUUCUGAGUCCGAGUUUUCCGAUACGGUGAAGACGGAAUGGAGAAAACGUCAAGAAGAACUAAUGAGAAAAAUUCAGGAGGAUACCAAGCAGACUCAUGAAAGACAAUUGAAGAACCUCAGAACUGAAUUGGAAAUGAGAAACAAGUUAAAACUUAGCAUGCUUGAAAAGAAUUUAGCUAAAGUUCGAGAACAACUGCAGAAGAAUGCCGAAAAGGAAGAGAGCUCUUCAGUUGAAAUAACGCAACCAAAAACAGAUAACAAGUCUAACACGAUAGCUCCAACAACUGGUGAGUCUAGAGUGGAACCUAACGGUGAUCAGUCAAUUUCUGGUGACUCUUCCUUAAAGCGUCCUCGAUGGAAUGCUGAAAAUGAAGAUUCCUCUUCAACUACAAAGAAACUAAAGUGA